AUGGACUCGAACAUCUCAAAAUACGCAGAUAUGCAAAAAGCCAUUCAAAUGGAACUGGAAAAACUUGAGACAGAGGAGGCUACACUGAUUGAGGGCUUGAAUAACAUGUUGAAUCAGAAAGUGUUCCUAGAAGACAAAGUUAAAGGACUUUCAAAGCUCAUUCCGUCGCUCAAAGUCAUAAAAAAUGAAGCACAGGACCUGGUGAAUACAGUCAAUGAUAUAUCAGACUCCUCAGAAAAAAUCAGCAGUAAAAUUCGAUCUCUAGAUAAAGCAAGAAGUCGUGUAGAUGAGUGUCAGCUAAGAGUGAGUGAUCUGAUUGACCUAGAAAUAUGCUCUCAAGGUGUACAAGCAGCUAUUUUAGACUCUGACUAUGAAAAAGGUGCUGCCCAUGUUCACAGGUUCUUAUCUAUGGACCAGUCACUCUUGAAAAGGACUGCCAAUGAUAUGGACAAUGUCAGUAACAUGCUCAAGUCUGUGAGGACUCUGCAAGAUGCUGCUAGUCAAUUGAGAGCCAUAGUUGAGCAUAAAUUCAAUGAAGCUGUCACCACAGAAGAUUUACUGUCCAUUGAGAGAUUCUUCAAAAUUUUUCCACUUUUGGGAAUGCAUGAAGAGGGGAUCAAGGAGUUUUGCACUUACUUGAGGUCUAAAGUUUGCUUAGUAGCUGAUAAAAAUUUGAAAUCUGCAAUAAACACACCAGUUUCUGAUAAACGGUAUAGUGUUAUCUAUGCAGACACUUUAACAUUGCUGUUUGAAGGACUGGCUAGAGUUUUGGACAAGCACCAGCCUCUCAUUGAAACAUACUAUGGACCUGGUAGGUUGUUGUCUGCUAUUUCUAUUCUGCAGAAAGAGUGUGAUGUGCAAACAAAGAGGGUAUUGCUUGAGUGGGCAAGAUCCAGACAGAUCCACAAGAAGGUGCAGCAAAUUAAUGAACUGUCUAGAAUGAGUUCCAGCUCCAGCUUUUCCAAAAUGGAGAAAAUUGAUCCUAAGGAUUUGGAUAUUCUUAUUGGUGAAAUAACACUGAUGCAUUAUAGAACAGAGCUCUAUAUCAAGUUUAUACAAAGAAAAGUUACUUCAGAUGCAGAUGUUGGUAUACCAAAUCAAGAUGAAAGAACCAAGGUUGUGCAAUCCUUGGAAAAACUUAUCAAAAACAGUGAACUCAGUCAAUGCAAACAUGAACUGCUAUCUCAUUAUCUUAGGUUAGAACAGUACUACAUGGAAGAAUCUGUAGCAAAAGCAGUAGCAAUGGACACACUAGAACCUGGACAGCAAACUUCAAGCAUGGUUGAUGACACAUUUUUCAUCAUCAGAAAAUGCAUCAGACGUUCUAUAUCCACUGGUUCUCUUGAUGGUAUUUGCGUCAUAAUAAACAAUGCUUGUCGCGUUUUGGAAAGUGAUUUUGGGGAAAUUUUGCGCCAAAGGUUGAGGCAAGGGUAUCCCUCGGGGUACUUGGACUUGACUCAAGCCUACAAUGUUCUGCAUACCUCCAUACAGCAAGGGAGGCUCCAGUCUGGGGACACUGAACAGUCAAGAACUGCUUUUGUGGUGGCUUUGAAUAACGCCGAUAGUAGCACAGACUACAUAGACGCCCUGUGUGAGUAUGUGAUGAAAGAAAUUGGGCAGUCCGUACCGAAUUUGAACGCAAAUGAAAAGGGAAAACUAGAAAGCUGCCUUUCUGGUCUGUCAUCUGUUACUACCAACCUCAAGGACUUGAUUGAAUAUGGCACUCAGCAGCUGAGGUCUACUGCAAUCAAACCCAGGAUAAAUCCUUGGGUGGAUGCUUUUUUGAAUGCUAACCAUCACUUGACAGAGGAUGAAUUAUCAGCUUAUGAGGCAGGAGAGUCUUUUGUUCAGACUUUGAUUAUGAAUUUGGAGACUCUGCUGUCUUCUUUCAAGGACAUCCUGUCUUCGUCGAAUUAUGAUUUAUUCACACAGGUGCUUACUGCUGAGGUGACAAAUAGGUUUGAGAAGGUCAUCAAAAAGUGCACUUUCAAUAGGCUGGGUGGUUUAGUGUUGGACAAAGAGGUACGAUCGCUGGCCGGGUACAUGACCGCCAACACUUCUUGGUCUGUGAGAGACAAGUUCGCUAGGCUGACGCAAAUGGCGACCGUGCUGAAUUUGGAACAGGUGGCCGAGAUCCACGACUACUGGGGCAGCCACGAUGGGGCCCUGACUUGGCGAUUGACCCCUUCUGAACUCAGAAGUGUCUUAUCUUUGAGAACGGAUUUCAAAGUGGAAGAUAUAAGAAGACUGAAGCUUUAA